AUGGGUGCUGGGCGUUCAGUCAAGACGAUGAUGAUGAGCACGCCGGAGGGCAAUACCGAGUACAAGCUCAAGCUGGUGAAUGUGACCUCGCAACGCCUUACGCAUCUCAUCACUCAGAUGCGGUGGCGCCUGGCGGAGGGCGAUGGCGAAUGCGUCUACCAGAUUGGCGUGGCUGACGAUGGCACCGUUCAGGGACUGCAAGAGCACGAUCUAGCCGCGUCUCUGGAGACGCUGGCCUUGAUGGCCGAAAAGGCCGGGGCGCACAUUACGACUAUUCACAGCCGUCUCUCCUUUGAUGGCUCUGGCAUGGUGGCCGAAGUUCAUCUGCGGCGUGUUCGCGAGGAGCAGCAUUUCCUUGACGUGCGCUUGGCCCUCGUUGGUGACUCUGGCGUGGGAAAGAGUACCCUGAUUGGCGUCUUGGGCUCGGGCAUCUUGGAGACGGAACUAGGCGCCGCUCGUCUGAAUAUAUUCCGCCACAACCACGAGAUGUUGACCGGUCGCACGUCGUGUCUGAACACCGAAAUUAUCGGGUUCGACGAGCACGGUCGUCUGGUCAACCACGAUGAUGCCGGGACCGUUGCCACCUUGGCACAAAUUUGCCAGCGUGCCACCAAACUCGUUCAUCUCCGUGACUCGCCCGGUCACAUCAAGUAUGAAAAGACUGCCAUGCGCGCCCUCGCAGACCCCUCGCUGGAUUACGUUGUUCUCGUUGUCGCUGCCAACCAUGGCAUGACCCCUCGCGCCAAGGAGCAUCUGGCUGUGGCGUGUGCUCUCGAGUGCCGCAUGAUUGUGCUGGUCACAAAGAUUGACCAGAGCUCCAAAGUGCAGCUUAAGGCCACCCUAACCGAGAUUGCAACAGCCAUCAAGGCCCCGACUUGCAAGCGGGUCCCCUUUUUGAUUCGCAAUCGCGAUGACGUGAUGAGCGCCGCGCGCAACGGGGACACACGAAACAUCAUCCCCAUUCUUUUACUGUCUUGUGUCACCGGCCAGAAUCUGGACCACCUCAAGCAUAUGCUGAACAUGUUGCCCACGGAUAGCGGCAAACGCCACGCUCGUCAGCGUCUGGCCGAUCCUCUCUGCCACGUCCAAGAGACUUUUGAUGUUCCGGACACGGGCCUGGUGGUGGGUGGCCCCGAUGACAGCGGCUGCUUUGCUCCCGUGACCGUGACGGACGUACAGCGCCACCGCACCCCUGUCAAGGCUGUCGAGGAUCAAGUAUCCGUUUGCACCAGCUUUGAGGCAUCCUUGAUGCUCACCAAAGCCGAGGCGUCGCUCACAGAAGGCACCGAGGUGUGCGUGUACCUGGGAAGCGUGAGGCAACAUUGCCGUCUGACGCAGCUGCACGGCCCACUGGAACAUGAGGAGGAUACCACCACUGCCACCCUGACUUGGCCUGGUGCACGCUUCGUAUUUCAGAAUCAAGUUUGCCGCGGCCUUGGUACCGUGUGCACCAAUCAGCUCGGUUCAGGGCCGCAGUCUGAUCAAGAACCUCUCGAUGAGCAGGAGGACGAGAGUGAGAAUGAGGCCGACAGGACCCCUCAUUUGACGGUAUAG